AUGGCUGCGGAAUCCAACUACGACUACCUCUUCAAGGUGGUGCUGAUCGGAGACAGCGGUACCGGUAAAUCCAACCUUCUCUCCCGUUUCACCCGCAACGAGUUCAGCCUCGAGUCCAAGUCCACCAUCGGUGUCGAGUUCGCUACUCGAAGCAUCUCCGUCGACGGCAAGACUGUAAAGGCUCAGAUCUGGGACACUGCCGGACAGGAGCGAUACCGCGCCAUUACUUCGGCCUACUACCGAGGCGCCGUCGGUGCUCUCCUGGUCUACGACAUUGCGAAGCACCCGACAUACGUUAACGUAUCCAGAUGGCUCAAGGAACUGCGCGACCACGCCGACAGCAACAUCGUCAUCAUGCUCGUAGGAAACAAGAGCGAUUUGCGACACCUCCGUGCGGUCCCCACUGAGGAGGCGAAAGCCUUUGCUGCCGAGAACAACCUCUCGUUCAUCGAAACUUCGGCCCUCGAUGCCUCGAACGUAGAGCAAGCUUUCCAGAACAUCCUCACAGAGAUCUACCGCAUCGUAUCGAACAAGGCAUUGCAGUCGUCGGACGACGUGAUCAAGCCUUCCGGCGGAGAGACCAUCACGGUGCAGCCCAGCGCCGACGACGGUGGCCAGACCAAGAAGAACGGAUGCUGCUAA